UAGUCAGAAGUUCAAAGCCGUUAACCAAUCCUGCAGCCAUCACUAGCCAACAACCGGACAACGGGCGAGCGUUGCUGCAUGCAGGCUUGCUUGACGUUGUCAGUCGGACCAUAUGCCUGUGUUUUGUUAUUAAUUAAUUUGGCAUGGUGUGAACCCUUUCGCUCAAAAUGAUCGAUUUCCAAGCUGUCCUCAUGGCCGCAGGCCGUGGAUCUCGACUCGCAGAACUACUGAGCCCGGAUUGUCCGAAAUACCUUCUGCCCGUUGGUAACCUCCCGAUGAUUUACUAUCCGUUAUGUGCCUUGAAACGGGCGGGUUUCCGAGACGUCAUAGUUAUCGUUCCCAACUCUAAUAGAUACAAAAUCGACGAGACACUUUCGGAAAAGGUAGGCAUCCGGAUAGAGUACGUACCCGUUCCGGCAUCCGAAGACGACCUGGGCACCGUCGAGAGCCUACGACUCGUUAGGGACAAACUGAAAAAGGACGUCUUUGUCGUUAGCUGCGAUCUCGUCACAGACUUUGACUUGGGCCGUCUCGCAGAGGUUCAUCGCACGAAUAACGCGGCGCUGACCGCGCUUUUCGCUCCCAUGUCUCCAACGCUCAAGGAGUCUCCCGUCCCAGGCAGCCGCGGCAAACCGAAACUAGAGAAGGACAUCGUCGGACUCGAACCCAAGACAGACAGACUCGUUCUGUUCAACUCGGAAGCAGACUUUGAAGAAAUCGUAAGCGUCCGUCGAUCCGUUUUGAGAAGGCAUCCGGUUAUCGAUGUUAGGUCUGACCUGGUUGACGCUCACGCCUAUGUGUUGAGCAGGUGGCUUCUUCCGUGGUUGAUUGCCAAUAAGAAUAUCAUGACCGUGAAAGGCGAACUGGUGCCGCUGGUGACGAAGCUCCAGUUUCACGCCGAUCCUCUUAAGCAGCAGAAAUAUCAAAAACAGGACGACGACUUACCGGAGACCAGUAUAUUCCGGUUCGUACCCAAGCCUCCAGAACUGGGACCGAUAGAGAGCUGCUACACGCUGCGCCAGGACGAAGCAGAACCUAUCCGCUGCUUUGGUGUCGUAGCCAGGGAUGAGUUCCUCGUACGGGCGAACACUACAGCGGGUUACGUGGAAGCAAAUAGAAAGGCUCAUCAACUCGACACAACUAUAUUCAGCCAGGUGGCUGUCGGACGAUUCGACAACGUCAUGGGAGACCAAGUAUCACUCGGAGAAAAAGCGAACGUGCGCCAGAGCGUCAUCGGUGCACGUUGCCGUAUCGGUGCCAAGGCCACAGUGCAGAGCUCAGUACUGAUGGACGACACUUGCGUAGGCGAUGGCGCUUCCGUCGUGGGUUCCGUGGUGUGUGGGACAUUAGAAGUUGGCCAAGGAUCUCAGUUGCAGAACUGUGUCGUCUGCCACAAGAAGAACCUACCUUCGGGAGUUCGGCACGCGAAUGAAGUGCUUGGCUCUUUUGUGGAGCUUUGAAGUUGCGUUGGUUUCUGCAUGUUUGUACUUCUUUUUUGCAGAGUAUGUUCAUAAACACGCAACUCUCAUAA